ACAGGUGUGUGCACAGGUAACAGGGCAGGUACCGCACCUGCAGGACUUCCCAGGUAACAUACCUGUCCAUGUGCGCAAGAUGUUUCAUUUGAAAAGAAAGGGUACGUACAACAUGCCGGGCCGUUGGAGUAUAGUCCUCGGGCUGCUGGCGUGCCUCUUCCCGCAGAGCCAUGCGGCCCUACCCCACGGCUGCGUGGUCCUGGAGGACCAGACAUUCUCUACGGAAGACGUCUCGGGCAUCUUCGGGGUGAACCGGAUCCUGCAGACCGAGGCCCCGCCGCAGCGUGUCGGUACGAUGCGCGACCAGGGCCCGCUGCCCACCGGACACUUUGCCACCAACCAGAUCAAACCGCACACCGCGCCCAUGAGACUCUUCCCGUACUCUGCCGUCCUGUCGCGGGAGGGCAUCACGUACGACGCGUACACACUGGACCGCUGGAACGCCACCGAGCGGUCGGACGAGAUGAUGCAGCAGACACCUAGUCGCCAGGGGGCGCCGUGGGACAAGGUGGUGAGUGUGGGCACUAACAUGAAGCAGAUGGUGUCCGGGCCUGACGGCGCGCCCAAGGCAGGAUUUACAGGUAACUCCGGAGUCCGUGUGGGGAUAGAGGGAAGCGGAGAACCCGUGAUGACGAGUGUCGGACAGCUUCACGCCAACUUCCUCUUCUCGAACGGAGAGGGCUCCAUGGAGGUGCCUCUGGUCAGAGGCGCCCCCUUCCUGACGCACCUGUUCACUGCAGCGGACCCCGUGCUGGCGCCUUACUGCCUGAGCGCCGUGGAUGGAGUGGAGACGAACUUCCGCUGUCCUACAGAAAUCUCUUCGGCUGACGGCGGCUCGGGUUUCGGGGAGGCCACGUGCAGCGGCGGGCAGCUGCAGCUGACCCUGCACGUGACUAAAGCCGUGGACGACAUGAGCGAGGUGCAGUGGGCGGCCGGACCCGCCGGCGCCUUCUCGGGACACAUGCACAGCUGCGAUACCGCCACCUGCCGCAUGGAGGAUGGCGGGCGCACCAUUCGCGUCAAACCGGACUUAUCGAACGUAGGCGGGACCAUGGCGUACGCCUUCAACGUCGUGGGGAAGUUCGUGGUUCCUUGGGGGGAUUGGAACGCCAAUCCGUUAACCGUCACCUGCUCAAGGAAGAGGGAAGCGGAGAGCACCCUGCAGCCGUCGCCCCGGGCACCCUGUGCCGAACAGAUCUGCCUAUACCCCUCCUGCCAGCCGCUAGGUGGCGGGCAACAGCAGUUCCAGCUGACCAUGGACUUCCGCACUGCAGUCCCAUACAUGGAGGAGAUUCAGGUAGCUGUAGACUCCGCGGACAGGUGGUCCGACACGCACGUGAUGCUGACGUGUAACCCCACGCGCUGCACCAUGACCCCUGACGGCCUGACCGUGACCUACACCGCCACCGUGCCGGAGGGACAGCUCGCCUAUGCCAUCAACAGGAUAGGCUUCUUCGUCUCCCCAGCUGGCUUCUGGAUUGAUAAUCCGCACUACUUCACCUGCGAUGGGUCAGGUUCCCAAACUACCACGACUACCAGCGCUAGUACCACCAGGCCCACCGUCGGUACCACCACCACCCGGCCGACCGUCGGUACCACCACCACCCGGCCGACCGUCGGUACCACCACCACUCCUCCCGUGGUCCCACCAGGACCCUUAGGGGAACUCUCCGCCUGUGCCGAGACCAUCUGUCGAACUCCUUCCUGCACUGACAUCGGGGGCGGCUUCCAGCGCUUCACGUUGGUACUGCAGUUCAGCGAUCCGUUGAGCGGCAUCAAUGAGAUUCAGGUGGCAGCAAACACAGAUGACGCCUGGGACAGCUCCCAUCCCAUGAUCUCGUGCACCAGCGACACCUGUAGUCUGUCUGCAGACGGGAAGACGCUGCAGUACGUCUCCAACUUUCCAGAGGGCGUGGUAUACUACGCCAUUCACAGACUGGGUAAGUUUGUGGACCCACCCACGUUCUGGGACACCCAGCCGUACGAGUACCAGUGUGGAGGUAGCGGCACGCAGCUGUCUGGCGGCAACACCUUCGUGCUGGAACUGGAGGAACCCGGGAACAAACUCAGCCAUAGGACCAGGAAGUUCGUGGCGUACUUCUCCGAUGAGAUGACGCUGUCUGUUGACGCAAACGGCGCAAGAUUCUCCCCAGCCAGAGGCGGGAAGUUCACGGGCAGCAUGCAGUUGGUGUAUGUUGGCAGCACGGCCCGAGGAGACCUGGACGGCGCACGCGUACUGGACCAGUAUGCAGGCGUGUACCCCUACCAACCUGACGUCACUUCCUGUGCGAGCGGCAACACGGGAUACAUCAACUUCCGGUGGAACAAGCGCGGAGGCGACUUCUUUGGUAGCAACCCUCGGGAGGACCUGCUGAUGAUUGCCGUACCGCAUCAGGAAGAGCUGCUUGCUGCACACGGCGCGCUAGUCUCCACACCAUUCACCUUCAAGGGAUACGUGGGGGACGAGUGGCUGAUGGAAGAGCCGCUUCCCCCCGCCGGAAUGGACCCUGACCCCGUCGCCGUAAGUCAGAUCAGGAGCGAUCCCGCUAAACUACAGGUGAUCCUGGACGCCAUCCAGGCGGACAGCAGCAGUGUGUCGCUGGACCACGUGUGCACACAGAGUAAUAGUUACGGUGUGGGGAAGGACAUCGCCAUGGUAACCAGGCUGGCCAGCAUCUCCCGCGCCUUCCAGACCAACCACUACCAUCAGCUGGACGAGAAGAUACGCAGGUGCUUGGAGAAGUGGCUGCGGAUCGACGACUCCCUCAGCGCCGCCAACAAGCUGGAGUACGACCCGGUGUGGGGCGGGCUCUUCAUCGGCAGCUCUGACCCCAACAACUUCGACCCGCACGCCAACUUCGGCUUCCCGAUGUACAGCGAUCACCACUUCCACCUGGGCUACUUCCUGUACGCACUGGGGUACUACGUCAAGUACCACAACCACUGGGCACACACUGGAGAUCACCUCGCCCGUAUCGUGUCUGUGGCUCGUGACGUUGGGAACCCGAGCACGCUGGACCCACACUUCCCCGUGGUGCGGCACAAGGACUGGUACCUGGGGAUGUCCUGGGCUACAGGCAUCGUGGGAGGGGCACGGCAGGCAGAGUCGUCCACAGAGGCUAUCAACUGUUACCAUGGCCUGGCCGCACUGGGCGAGGCGCUGGGUGAUGACGUCAUGAAGCAGGUAGGUCAGCUGACCCUGGCCACGGAGAUCCGGUCGGUACGUCACUACUGGCACGUCAGGAACUACAACAGGCACAUCUUCCCCGAGUACAUCAAGACUUACGGCACUAUAGGCCAGUUUGCUGAAGACGCGAUUUUCUACUACACGCUGAACUGGCCCUGCUGGCCGUACGAGUUCCCCAUGCGUCAUGCCUGCCUGGUGGGCAUCCAGGUCAUCCCCAUCAUCUCUGUAUCCAACCUCUACAUGGACCAGGAGUGGGGGCGGUCGGUGCAGGACGUGUGUAACUGGGCUGUGAGCCCCUGGAGCGCGCCCGGGGCAGGGGACGUUGACCCCGCCAUCCUCCAACCUGUCCAGAAGGGGUGGGGAGCGUUCUGUCAUGCAGCCGCCUCAAAGGCUGACGCCGCUGCACAGACUGCAGCUGUUGACUAUGUCCGCCAGCUGAGUACAGGUGAGCUGGUUGGAGGGACGGGGCUGGCCAGUACCCUGCUCUUCAUCUACGCUUCCACAUAAACAGCAGGGGAGGGUCAUCAUCUAUGGCAGUCUCGGAAACAGGGUUCGAUGGCAGAAAUUAGUCUCUGUCAGACUUCUGGGGCUGAGCACAUAAUGUUGGUUGUUACAGUUGUGUUCUGUGUGGCUAAGGCAUGGAUCAGUAUAAAUUAUACGUAGACUACGUAUAAGGUUUAUUGCAAAAUUCUUACACGCGGGCUAAUUGCAGGUAACGUGAGAGAUUCAAACAGUGUAAAGACAAUAUCACAAAUGUCUAGUCUAAAACUAGUAAAAGCUAACUCUAGAUCCUGGGUUAUUGGGUUCGACUCCUUUUUAAAAGACAGUGGAAGACGAAAGAUCCCACCUUUUCUGUUAUGUGUGGUGUUCUCUCCAUGGUUUUGGGAAGUGGACAUGUUUGUUGAAUAAAUAAAAUCUGAUCCAUGAAACGUUGUGCUACGCCAGUCUGAUCUUUAGCUUUAAUCAGGGGUACGUGUUCUAAAAAUGUUCUUGUAGAUGACACCACGCCAACAGGGAGCUUUUCCAUUCCUGUGCGGUGUUACUCGUUAAUUCACAAUUACAGAGUGCUUCUGUAUGGUGAAUAACAUGAUUACAUUUGUUUUGGUGUCAUACAUUAGAUUAGCUUGGGUGUAAAGAGAGAAACAGGACCCUGCAAUAAAAAAUCACACAGAAGAGGGCGAUCUUUUUUUAAAUAAUAACUCUAUUUCUUGAUGCACAUUUCUAAAAUAAAUAUCAUUUAUAAAUAUUAUUGACAAUUUUCUACAUAUCUCCUUAAUUCAACAUUUCAAGAAUCAAGAGUCAUUUUAA